UUGUAUCUGGUCGAAAGUUUGCCCGACAGAGAUCCACUGGAGCUCGGGACAUGGGGCAUCGGGCGACUCUUCCAGAAGAGACGCCAACGAGUAAAACCGAACCCGACACAACAGAAUCGCUGAAAGCAGGAGAGCGCGGAGGCGAUAAGCAACCGAAGCUCUGUAGACUGGAUCAUGGCGGAGAAAUUGGCUCCCGAGAAGCGCCACAUCUUCUCUCACAACGGUCAAACGGUGUUCGAAUGGGAUCAGACCCUGGAAGAGGUUAACAUGUAUAUUAAAUUGCCUCCGAAUGUUCAUCCCAAGCAAUUCUACUGCAAGAUUCAGUCCAAGCACGUUGAAGUUGGCAUCAAAGGCAACCCUCCUUAUCUCAAUCACGACCUGACGAGCCCCGUGAAGACAGAUUGUUCUUUCUGGACUCUGGAGGAUGAUAUAAUGCAUAUAACCCUUCAGAAGAGGGACAAAGGUCAAACAUGGUCUUCUCCAAUACAAGGCCAGGGUCAGCUAGAUCCGUACGCGUCUGACAUGGAGCAGAAACGCCUCAUGCUUCAGAGAUUUCAAGAAGAGUUACCUAAUAAUGAGGUGUUGGUUGACCAACUUGGUUUUUUGGUGCUCCAACCUUUUUCUACUGCUCUACUCAAUAUUCAAAGAUUUCUCUAUGAACUGUCCCUUGAUGAAGGUGAUCUCUUUGUGCAGAAUCCAGGAUUUGACUUCUCUCAAGCUCAAUUCACUGGCAACUGUCCCGAUCCAAGGACCUUUAUGGGUGGUAUUCAGUCUGGUUGACAAUCUUUUUUCCAUGAUGGUUACUUUUAUUAGCUUCCAUAUGAACUUCUAACAAUCUGGUAUAUAAAAUGAUCUAACCUGGAUCGUGCACCAUUUCCAACUGUAGCGCUUGGAUAAUUCGCGCAUGUUCUGGAUAAUGUUUUCUGUCAAGUGUAAUUUUAUUUGGAGACAAUUAGUGAGUGAUAAAGCUGGUGAAACUCUUCUGUCCAUCUUCUGUCUCUAUGCAACUCUAUGCAUAAACAAUUAGUAAGUGACAAAGUUGUGUGUUUCACCUGUC